AUGACGGCGAUCGGGGCGCUCCUGCUCUGCUCCUCUGGGCUGCUGCGGCCGGGCGGCGGGCAGCCCUUCCUGCGGCUGCGGCCCUCGCCCAGCGACAACCUGCCCGUCAAAGACAUCGUGGAGCACCCGGACCCCGAGUACGACCCCAAGGAGCAGGACCUGGACGAGCGGACUCUGCGCAAGAAGCUGGGCAGCCAUUUCGACCCCGGCUUCAUGGCCGUGGCCGUGCCGGGCCCCGCCAACGCCUCGGCCGAGGCGGCGGCGGCGGCGGGGCGGGCGCGGGCGGCGCUGCCCGCGGAGCUGCGGCGGCUGGAGCUGGGCGCACCGCCCCACGGGCCGCGCCUGCGGGUGGGCAAGAAGGCGCGGCGGAAGGUGCUGCAGUGGCUCUGGGCGUACACCUACUGCCCCGUGCUCUACACCUGGAAGGACCUGGGCGUCCGCUUCUGGCCGCGCUACAUCAAGGAGGGCAACUGCUUCGCCGAGAAGUCCUGCUCGCUGCCCGAGGGCAUGUUCUGCAAGCCCGUCAAGUCGGUCACCAAGACCUUCCUGCGCUGGCACUGCCAGGGCUGGUCCAGCCAGAAGUACUGCACCUGGAUCCCCGUGCAGUACCCGCUCAUCUCCGAGUGCAAGUGCUCCUGCUAGCCGCCGGCCCGGCCCGGCACGGCUCGGCUCGGCUCGGCUCGGCUCGGCUCGGCACGGCCCGGCUCGGCACGGCCCCGCCGCCCGGGCGCCGGCCCCGCCGCCUCCCUCGGCCCCUUGCACUGGUUUCUUUUUUCGUUUGGAUGUUUCGUGGUUUUUGCCGCCCCCCUCCCCUCCGGGGCGCCGGGGGAGGGGAAGGGGGGGUGGGGAAGGAACCGUUUUUUGACUUAUUUUAAUGUUAUUUUAUUUGAAAGGGGGAAAAGCGAACCCAGGAACUGCAGGGCAGGCCAAAGGCACAGUAAAGCACUACAAUCAGAUGUCUAUUUUUAUACGUAUAUAGCCUUCUAACAAAAGGAAAAAAAAAUAAAAAUUAAAAAAAUACCAGUCGUGUAAAUAGAGAGAUUUUAAAGGAAAGGGGGAAAAUUGCAGCUGUUUUUUAUUAUUAUUAUAAUUAUUAUUGUUAUUAUUAUUAUUUUAAAAACAUAGGACCACAUUUUAAACCUGUCCCCACAGAACCUGAGUGCUUCCCUGCUGAAGGGAAGGGCGGAAAUUUCCUGUAAAGAUGAUUUUAACAAAAGGAAAAGGAGGGGAAAAGAAAAAAAAAGAAGAAUGAAAGAAAGAACGGCAGCAUCCCUGAAGACAGUUGUUUCCCUGUGCUGUAUUUUUUUUUCCGUCUUCUUCAGACCUUGUCACUGGUGUUUCAACUAAUUCGCCAAGCUCUCUAGGUUUUUUUUUUUUUUAAGUGUAUAACAAUUAAUUAAGGAGGAAAUUUUAAAGAAAAGUACAAAUCUAUGAAAGAGUGGAAUCGUUUUGUUGUGUGGGAAUACAUAUAGUCAUGUAGAGAUGUUAAAGGAAAUUUUCUGUGUACAGUUAUUUAUUUUAAUGUUUGUGUAUAGGAAAAAAAAAAAGAAGCUAGAGAUUAUGCCAGAAACUAUUGGAAAUGUUUACUUGAAUAUUCCUUUAAAACAUAUCAAUGUAAAUAUGAGCUAUCACUGAUCAAAACAUUUUUAGCAAUAAACUCUAUCUUUGAAGAAAAA